AUGGCAACAAAGAUAAUUAUUUAUAGAACAAAAACCGUGGUCACUACCGAUUUACCAACACGUAAACAACGUCAUCCAAGGAUGGAUCGUUUGAGACGUACAUUAAGUUUUCGGAAAAAAAAGGCAACAAAAGCAAAUUCAACCGAAAAUAAACCUCAACAAUGGCAAGAAGACGAAAAACAUGUACGAAUUGGUGCAUGUAGUUUUAAUGUUAAAUAUUUGGGUAGUGUUGAAGUACAAGAAUCAAGAGGCAUGCACGUUUGUGAACAGGCAAUUCAAGCACUUUUGAAUCAAAAAGCAAAACACAUUCGAGCAAUGCUUCACAUCUCAGGAGAUGCACUUCGCGUAUCAUCAAUUGAUGAAACAAACAAGGUGAGUUUCGCUUAUAUCAACAGAGAUGGCACAUCUAGACGAUGGUUAUGUCACGGAUUUUUGGCCGUGAAAGAUACUGGUGAACGUUUGAGUCAUGCUGUUGGAUGUGCAUUUCAAAUAUGUUUAGAAAGAAAACAAAAACGUGAUCGCGAAUGUGGUGUCACUGUUGAGUUUAACCAUGAUGGUACAUCAUUUACACGUUAUGGAUCAUUUCGUACCACAUCAUUAACAGAACGUAUUAUCGAUCCACAAAGUGCUAUUAUUGCGGAGCCAGUUCCAUUAUCUCCAUUAUCUCAUAAUUCAAAUUCUCUACGUAGUGGUCCAACUGAGCGACCAAGACCGAAAGGUGAUAAUGAUGCAUUUAUACGUAGUGCAUCAUUGAGAUUAGGUGAAUUAAAUCAAACAACUUUUAAACGUCAAACAUCAUUGAGACCAGGUGAUUUGCCAUCGAUACAAGAAGCAAAAUUAAAAGAUUUUACAACAAAUAAAAUGAAUCACAAUACAAUACCAGAAGAAAUAGAGCCUAGUCCAACAAAUGAUUUAGCAAAGUUAUCUCUUACUGAGAUGACAAAUCUAAAUGGAUAUUCAGAUUCUACCCAACAGAUACAAACUUUUGUUAAACCUUCUUUACCAAAUAUCAUACAACAUCAACCUUACACUAAUAUUACAAAUGAAAAUGCUCAAGAACAACGAACUUUAUGGUCCCACCAACAAUCAGAUUCGUCAAAUCAAAAUCAUAAUGGCUCAACGUAUCACCCACCUUCAUCAACAUUAUCUUCAUUACCGUCACAACAACAGCAAUCCCCACAAUCAAAUCGAUUAAUAAAUGAUGCUGUCGAUACAAAUUUGACUGAUUUUGUUUUAAGUUCUAAUCCGAUUAAUCCAUUUUCACCGUACGGUUACUACGUCGCACAACAACAACAACAACAGCAACAACAAAAUACUGUUAUGUCAACAUCACAAAAUGUUUCGUCACAUCAUCAUAAUCAUAAUUCUGUAAUAUUUUCUCCAAAACGUUCAACAAAUCCAUUUGAUGAAGAUCUAAUACAUCGUUGA